UAUGUAGAAUUUCCAUUUUUCUCUCAAAUAUUCAAGUUCUCUUGCUCAGCUAUCAUGGUAUCACAAGCCAGGUUCAUUUGGGGUUGACCUCCGGCGUCGUUUUCCGGCGGGGACUCUAGUCAUCACUACUCAUAUACAAUCUAUUUUGCAGUAUCUUUUCAGAUAAGUUUCAUUCUAGAUCUGAGUUUUUCUUUGUGAAGGUUGUGAAGUUUGAUUACGAAGCUUAAGCUUGAGAUCUGUGACUACUUUGCUUGAGAUAUGAGACUUUGAUACUUGUAUAAGUCUUUGAGCACUCGUUUAUUGCUAUUUUUCUUUGUGAAGGUUGUGAAGUUUGAUUACAAAGCUUAAGCUUGAGAUCUGUGACUACUUUGCUUGAGAUCUGAAACUUUGAUACUUGCAUAAGUCUUUGAGCACUCGUUUAUUGCUAUUUUUAUGAAAUUGAAGAACUCUGAAACCCUAAUUGAUGAUGAAGUAUGUUCUAGCUCUGUGUGUUUGAGUAUACACUGAGAUUUCUGCAUAGUAAUUUCUGAUUCUCAUACGAUCUAGCAAGGUUGUGAAAGAAGUUAAAUAUGACUACCAUUGGUUCCUCUUCUUCCACCACUACUCAAAACACUACUCACACCACUGUGUACUUGCCUAAUAUUCUACUGGAUGAAAGUAAUUACCCUACCUGGUUGUUUUGAAUGGAGUCAUUUCUUCGAGGUCAGAAUCUCUUUGGUUUUGUGGAUAGCACAACUCCUUGUCCACCACAACUUGUUGUUGCCUCUGAUGGAGUCACUAGUGUUACCUCUAUGGAAUACAUUACAUGGAAAAUUCAGGAUCAAAGCAUCAUCAACAUGAUAGGUCAAACUCUUAGUCCUAUAGCUAUGACCUGUGCAGUAGGAAGUCUGCAAAACAAAUGUGGGAGAACCUAAAGCUAAAGUUUGCUGCUCCUAAUAGGCAGAAUAUACUACAGUUGAAGUCUAAUCUUCAAAAUUUGAGGAAAGGAAGUGAUGACAUAGAGACUUAUCUGGAUAAAGUGAAAAUUGCUAGGGAUGCACUUGAAACAGUUGGAGUAUUCAUUGAUGAUGAGGAUAUUGUGGUCACGGUUCUUAGAGGUCUUCAAGCUGAAUUUGUAGCUAUCAAAACAGUAAUUCGAGCUCAAUUUGUCAGUUGCUCUCUUGGAGAACUUAAGACUCUACUAAAAGCUGCGGAAGUUGAUAUAGAGAAUGAAAAUCAGUGCUCCAUACCUCUUACUGCAAUGUUGGCUAAAAACAGCUCUCAAGUCUCUUCUUCACUUGGAAUUGGAAGCAGUCCUGCAACAACUUCACUCAAUGCUCAUACAUCCACAAUGUCUUCUUCUGUUGCAGCUCCUACUUUAUCCACUAAUCAGCCUCAAGUUCAAAGCAUGAUUCACAGCUCACCAUCUAGCUCUAAUAUUCUUGCACCUCAAGGCUAUGCUAUUCAAGCUGUUGCUGUUCCAUCUGUUGCUCCAGUGGUUCCACCUGGUUUCACCCCUCAAGCAGUCACAUCUGUCCUCUCUAUUCCAACUCAGCAUUUCUAUGUUCCUAUACCUGCUUUACCCUAUGGUUUUCCAUCCAUUAUUAAUCCUUAUGUUCUGAAUGACAAUUCUUAUGGGAUGACUGGGUUCUUUGCUGGAAGAGGUCAGGCAAGAUUUAACAACAAUGGUGGGAACAACAGGUUUAACAAUGGUGGUGGUUUUCGACUUCCAUAUGGUGGUCAAGUUGGUAACCAAGUUGGAAAUGCUACCAAUGUUGGCUUUGGCUUCAACAACACUGGUUUUAAUACAAAUGAAGUGGCAAUAAUACAAGGAACUUUGCAGCAGGCAAUUCUCUCACCUGUCAGCUUUGCAAUAGAGUUGGUCAUGGAGCUAGAACCUGUCGAUCACUUCCAACCUUUCAGCAAGAUCCUGGUUUUAAUGGUGGUGGUAUUGGUUGUCAGUUUUGUGGCAAGAAGAAUCACACAGCUGAUAGGUGUUACUACAUCAUUGGAUUUCCAAAUCAACAGCAGCAAAACAAUGAGUCUGAAGCUACAGCCAUGCUUGCAGCCACAACCAAUGCUCUUCAAUUUUGGCUUGCCGACACUGGAGCCACUAAUCACAUGACUAGUGAUCCUCAAGUCCUUAACAACCUUGUUCAAUAUCCUGCUACUGAUGCAGUUCAAAUUGGACAAGGUGUUGGGCAAAAUCCUCUACCAAGGACUGAGUAACACUACACCAAUUUUGUUAUCAGACAACGGCAGAAAACCGUUGUGUGAUUUGAAGUGUAACCGUUGUAGAGUGAGCCGUUGUCUGAUGAAAAAUCAGACAACGGUGGAACACAGUUGUGUGAUAAAUACACAGACAACAGGUAUGUGUUAUAACUGUUGUUUGAUAGCUCGGCAGAUGGCUCGGCAGAUGCCAAGCGUGCAGCUGCGCAGCAGUUUAGGGGCGUCUUCAGACAACAGUGCCAGUUUGCAACCGUUGUAUGUUAAUCAUGUCAGACAACAUUUUUUUAUUUUGUCUGUUGUCUGAUUGCUCUUCAAACUUCAGUUCUUAGACUAUAUCUGUUGUGUGAUUAAAUUUAGGACAACAGAGUUCAAUUGCUUCUGUUGUGUGAUUAACUUGUAGGACAACAGAGUUCAAUUAAUUCUGUUGUGUGAUUAGCUAUUAAGACAACAGAGUUCAAUUGGUUCUGUUGUGUGAUUAACUUUUAGGACAACAGAGUUCAAUUAAUUCUAUUGUCUGAGUAUAAAUUAGAAUCAGACACUGAUUCGUUAAAAACCGAUGUGUGAUAUGAUUGAUUGCAAUGAUUUAAGUCCCAUUUUUGGCCAUUCAGACAACAGGCAGUGAUCAUUA